GAGCCUAGGGGGUGGGCUCUCCCUCCCAAGGCGGGCGGGGAAGGCCGUGGUUAUCGAUCCCGCUGCUGGAGGGAGGCGGCGGUGAAGCAGCAGAGAAAAUGGCGGCUAUGGCUGCGGAGGCGGCAGCUACUGCAGCGGUGCCGGGCGAUGGGGGGGCCGGAGAAGCCGAGCCCGAGAUGGAGCCUAUCCCUGGCAGCGAGGCCGGUGCGGACCCUCUCCCUGCCGUCACUGAGGCCGUGGAGUCAGUGGUGCCUGACGGAGAGGAGGCCGACGGGGGAAAGGUUGCUCCUGGCGAGGCCGAGGAGCCGCCGCCUGUGCAGCUCGCCCGGAGCCCGGCCGGGACUCGGGAGCCGGAAGCUGAGAGGACGGAGAAGCUGCCGCCCUCCACCCCGGAGGUGGACUUGCCCCAGGCCGAGCACCGGCGAGCGCCUAGCCCCGAGUCUGAGGAGGAGCCGCAGCCCUGCCCGCCGCCUGCUGGGCACCCUGAACUUCCCGAGGAGGAGCCGCAGCCCUGCCCGCCGGCUACUGGGGGCUCCGCGGAGCCGGAGCCCGGGGAGGAGCCGUCCCGGCCGGAGGAGGAGGAGCCGGAUGCUGGUGAUGCUGCCGCUGUCGAGCCCAAGUCCCCGGUGCCCGUGCCUCCGGUCGGAGGGGAGGUGGAGGCUGCGCUGCUGCCUGGCUCCGAGGUGCGGGUCACCCUGGAUCACAUCAUCGAGGACGCCCUGGUGGUCUCAUUCCGGCUGGGAGAGAAGCUUUUUUCUGGGGUCCUCAUGGACCUCUCUAAAAGGUUUGGACCCCAUGGAAUUCCUGUGACCAUAUUUCCUAAAAGGGAAUACAAGGACAAACCUGAAGCCAUGCAGCUCCAAAGUAAACCAUUCCAAGAUGAGGCACAGGUCAAGUGUGAAUCUAAUGCUGCAGUCCCUGAUGACUCUUCUCUGACGCAGCCAUCAGAACCUAGCAUAGCUAAAAGCCUAUGGACUUCUAAACCACCUCCUCUCUUUCACGAGGGAGCGCCAUACCCUCCUCCUUUGUUUAUCAGGGACACGUAUAACCAGUCAAUACCUCAGCCUCCACCCCGGAAAAUUAAGCGACCCAAGCGUAAAAUGUACAGGGAGGAGCCCACUUCUAUUAUGAAUGCUAUCAAACUACGACCCCGGCAGGUCUUAUGUGACAAGUGCAAAAACAGUGUUGUUGCAGAUAAAAAGGAAAUAAAAAAAGGUGGCAAUGCAAGUGACUCUUCAAAGUAUGAGGAUAAUAAAAAGCGAAGAAACGAGAGUGUGACUACUGUGAAUAAAAAACUUAAGACUGACCAUAAGGUGGAUGGAAAAAGCCAAAAUGAAAGCCAGAAAAGGAAUGCUGUGGUCAAGGUUUCAAAUAUUGCCCAUAGCAGAAGCAGAGUAGUUAAAGUUUCUGCACAAGCAAAUACUUCAAAAGCGCAGUUAAGUACAAAAAAAGUUCUCCAGAGCAAAAACAUGGAUCAUGCAAAAGCUCGGGAAGUCUUGAAAAUGGCCAAAGAAAAGGCACAAAAGAAGCAGAGUGCAACCUCCUCUUCCAAAAAUGCACAUUCUAAGGUCCACUUCACGCGGCGUCUCCAGAACACCAGCUCAGGUUCCCUCCCACCCCGAUUGCGUUUAAAGCCACAAAGGUAUCGGAAUGAAGAAAAUGACUCUUCUCUCAAGACAGGACUUGAGAAAAUACGGAGUGGCAAGAUGGCAACUAAGCCCCAGUCUCGCUGCUCCUCCACCCGCUCAGCAGCCUGGAAUACUGUGGUGUUUAGUUACCUGCACCAACACUCAGAGACACUAGUCAACUGCUGUUUUUAUGGAACCUCACUACACUGCCACGAAGAGCACCAGCUCAUCAGGACUGAAAGAAAUCUGAGACUGACUUGUCCUAUUUUUCCUCUGAAAUCUUCACCAAGUAGUAAACCUUUUUUGAAGGGGAAAGGGGGUAAAUACGUCAAAGCUCCCUCUCGCAACCCUCUUUAGGGCACCUGUACCUAAUGUACAUUUUCUUUAAAGAUUUAAAAAGAGGUUAGGAACUAUUUUAUAAAACCUUUUUGCAAUAAGUGACGCAUGGAAUUAUUAAGGACUAUACAACACUGACAUGCAAGGAACCACUUGAAUUAUUGGUAUGAAGAAUCACUGCAAAUAACUGGGGUUUUUUUUUGUAAUGUGACAGUCACGUUUGUAUGUUUUGAUAGGUGCCAGUGAUGGAGCCAAUUGCCUGGGAAGCUGACUGUAACUUUUGAACUUUUCUUUUUAAUUCUUAACUUUAGCAUUGCAAUUUUCCAUUCUAUGAGGCUUAGUUAGUAUUUAGUGCAGGUGUUAGCAGAGCUGUGAUCUGUGAUCAAAAGCAUGUCCAGAAACAAUUGUAUUGUAAAAUAUGAACAGUCCUGCUAUACAAGACCAAUAUUUCCCAUAGAGGUGAUGGAAAGGACAGUGACCACAAACUUCAUGUAUCUCUGUAUUAUGGGAAAGCUCCUUCUGUGUGAAUAUGGUUGCAUUUUAUUUGUGCUAUUGUAACACUUAGGGGAUUGAGGAUUGUGGAAUGAUGCUAAGAAGGGUUACACCGCAGGGAACAGCGUCUUGCUUAUACUACUCUAACAAGAUGGGAAUCACAAAUGGAGAGUGCUUAAAUGGAAUGGCAUUUCUAUUUCAGAUCAUGGGUUAAGUUUUUUUCCUUUUGACAUAAAUAUUUUUCAGAUAGGUAACUAGUAGAGCAAAGGUUUUAUUAGUGUUUCUGAUGGUUGUUUAUCUGAGUUGCAUUGACUUCUUUGAAUAGCUGUAAAUCAAAAAAGAAAGAUCCAAACCCAGUGGGUUUUAUCCAUUUUUAUUCCCUUCCCUAAAAGGUGUUUGGUUAAGACUUACUUCCAUGGAGCUUGUGAAUGCUGGACACGCUGCUGAAAUAUUGAGUUAUUAAAUAUUAAUUUAUUUGUCACUAAUUAUUUGACAUUGUGUGCACACUUUCUCAGCAGUAUCAUUUCUUAGAGAGUUCUUAGCAGGGGCUUGAUUAUAUAACCUGGGAAGAGAAAUAUUUGUUUUGAAGAAAUGAAAACGUGCACAUGAUCUACUAAAAGUCAAAGUUGUGUUUCUGUAGAAGUGAAAAGACUUGUAGUAAACUCUUUUCCUCCUUACUAAUAUCCUGAUUCGAUUUGAGUAAACAGAGUGUCUUUAUCGAGAUCCUUUGAAAAGAGGGGCACCUUCUUGAGAGGCAUCUGUAUCAGCACAAAGGCAGUUUCACAGCCUUUGUCUCUCAAGCCCCAGUUAAUCACAUCCAAUCUGAAGUCAGGACAACUCUGUCGUUUGGCUUUGAUAUUGGCAAACAGGUUUAUCCUUGUUAAACAGUCAGAGAGGGGGGAAGUGAGAGGCUGGGACAGACAUCCAGGCCCAAGAAAGGAGUAUCACUGACAAGUGUGCUGAGGCAGUUUCCCUUUUUUCCAGGGUAAAUUCUUUAUUUAUAAACCCAGACAUUUCAUACUUGCUCCCUUCUUAAAAGGCAGCUGCCUAAUGCUGUCCAGUAGGUUUGAAUUGUACCACUUUUCAUAAUAAGGUACAAAUACCUCUUCUUUAAUUUGAGAUCAAUGUUUUUACUGCAGUUGAAGAGGAUCACUGGCAAUCUGGUCCUGUUUGUGGUCUGAGAUUUGAUUACAACUUAGACAACAGAAGGCAUGUAAUUCAAGGGCCUGGGAAGCAAUUUGCUGUUGUGUAUGUGCUAGCCUUUCACCUCUGGAGACCCAACCCUGACUGUAUUGACAACUAACGAGGGUCUUGGCCUAAUAAAUGAAUUUUUUAUCCCCCCCCCCAAAAAAAAAAAUCCAACAAAAAAACCCAACCAACACACAAACUAAAAGGAAGCCACCAAACAACGUGGCACAAACCAGUUUCUGCUCAGGAAAAAGGCCCGAGUCUGUAAUAGCAGGGUUAUUGCACAUUGGAUUGAAAACUGAUUGAUGUUGUAAGUAGAAGCCAGUAGUGCCUGCCUGUGUGACAUCUGACUCUGAACCAGUGCUCUUGUUUCCUCAUCUUCACGAGCACUUGUGCACAGCAGCUGAAAUAGAAGAAAAUAUGCUUAAGGGAGAUGCAGGUCUCUCCACUGGAGAAUAUGGGUAUAUAAGCAAAUAGCAUAAAGAUAGACAAGGUAGCUAACUGUAUUUGCCUUUGUUUUCACAGCCCUUUUGUUUGAAACCAGAUUCUCAUUUUGAAAUGAAAUUGUCAGGGAUAUUCUAAUGGUAGAGAAUUACAGUAAUUGUAUUGCUUUUCACUUCUUUGCUUUAGUUGCUUAAUAUUUAAGCUUUGCUCCGUGCUACCUUCUUGUCUGUAUAUUGAAUGGUCACUAUGCCUCUUUCAUUUUGUAGACUUGAAUGAGGAAAAUAUACUUCACCCUUUAAGGUUUGCUGAGAAGUAAAUGAUAAAGAAUGUUGUGUAACAUUUAUUCAAAUAAAGCCUUGAUUUUUUUUCA